AUGUACAAGCUUGAUGCAGGAACUAGAUUAUCUAUGGGAAUAACUACACCACUCAUAUGUGUUUGUAAAGCAUUGGAAGACCACACAAAUUUGAGUAGAAAAGAGUUUGGAGGUGGUUUUGUUUUACAAUCUAUUGGCUCAUUGAUCGUAUUUGUAGAUCUUUUUGUUGUGGUGAUGAAUAAUUAUGAACUUCAAGAUUGCCCAAAUUUUGAUUGUUUCAUGUUCCUUGCUGAUGCAUUUUUUUCUCCAUUUGCAUAUAAUAUUUUGUUUUGA